GAGCAUGGCAACAAAGCAGUUCAUUUUCGCGGCAAAAAGGGGUGUGCAGGUAUAGGUGUCCGAAGAGUAAGUCAGUGGGGCGUUUGUGUUGGUCAUCUGGUUUGCCUUUUCGCCACGUUUGGUGAAAAUGAGUCAACUUUUUGUGCCCAUUUUAUUGUAUUUUUUGUAGCUUUUUUGUUCACCUUUUUUGUAACUUUUUUGUGACUUUUUUGUAACUUUUUUGUGACUUUUUUGUAGCUAUUUUGUUCGACUUUUUUGUAACUUUUUCGUUCGCCUUUUUUGUUGGCCUUUUUUCGUUCCUACAUUUGUUGGAGAACGGCCGCUUACGCUUACGCUUACGCAUGCGCGCAGACGUACUCCUACAAACCCACCCGUGUGCGUAACCCCGGGGGGUACUGCCUAAAAGAGGGGGGAAAAUGAAGCAGACGUUGCGGGAAGGCCUCAACUUCCUCUCGAAGAAUGUCGUGAAUAUCCUAAUUUUGGUGAUGUCCAUAAGUUGUGUCCUCCUAUUUGUAAAGAAAAAUAAAAAUGAUAAAACGAAGGCAGAAGAUCUGUUUGAGCUUUAUAUGAAGGCGAAUGAAAAUGAAGAGUUGAAGGGGGGAAAGGAGGAGGGGCAGGAUGGAGCUUCCAUGCAGAAGGCCUUCUUGGAUGAAAAGAGCAAAACGUUGAAGCUGAGUAAAAUUGUAAAGCUAACCAACACGGUAAAGAUUUUCAUCUUUUCGUACCCUUGGGAGUAUACCCAUUUCGGGUUAGGCAUAUGUAAGCAUAUAAAAUUUAAUGGGCCCAAUCAGCAAGGGAAAAUAAAAGGCAAAUGGAAUGAUAGGGAGGACAGAGAGAAGGAUGCGAAAGAAAUUUACAGAAGCUACACUCCUAUUUAUGUCGAUAGGAAGAAGAAAGAGGUUCACUUUGUCAUUCGAAUAUACAGCCCAGACGAGCAUUUUGUGGAUGGUGGAAAAAUGAGUGUCCAGUUGGAAAAAAUGCGAAACAAUCAGACGGUUAAAAUUGCGGGUCCCUUUGGGGUUCUAGAUUAUAAGGGCAGUAACAAAUUCAGCUAUCUGACCAAGGCUGUGCAGAUUAAGAGGCACAUCGUGAUGAUAGCUGGUGGGACCGGCAUGACUCCCUUUUUCCGGCUGAUAAAGCACAUGCUCCUGUUUGACGCCAGGGAGGGGGAGCAGCCCUUCGUGACGCUCAUCUACGCCAACAGGAACGAGGAGGAGAUUCUGCUCAAGGGGGUUUUCGACGAGUACGAGCGGACCUUCGAGCGGUUCAAAGCAGUGUACAGCGUAGACGAGUGCCUGGACCCCACCAAGAGGGACACGUUCGAAAAUGUAGGAUACCUAACGGAGGACCUUUUGCGCAAGUACAUUCUAAAGUAUGAGAGGUUGGGCAUCCAAGUGGACAGCAGCGAUACGCUCAUUUUGAUGUGCGGCCCUCCCCCCAUGACGGCUUUCCUUAAGAAGAUUCUGAAGGAGGACAUUCAAAUGGAAAAUGUCAUAACGCUUUAG